AUGACACUACUAGCUGUGGAGGUCGGAAAAAGGAAAAAAGGAGAAACCGGGAAACGCAGGACAAAAGAAGACGAAGAGGCAGAAAAAGAAAAGAAAGAGAAGCUGCUUACACUUUUUGAUACCGGGUAUGGUAAGGCCAUCAACGGGGGACCUGGUAAAAAGGUAACGUCAACAGAGUUAGUUAAGCUGGGAAAAAGUAGUGUGAGAGAGGCAGAAGACGUAAGGAAAAGAAAAGAAAAGAAGACCAUCCAGUCCCAACCUUAUCAAGGCAAGGAAUUAGCCUCAGACAUUUUGGACAAGUUUGGGCCAAAAAAGGGUGAAGCGGAGGAGAGGGCAGAAAGGGUUGGAUGA